GCGUCCUGUUCGAGUGAUACGAUGAGCGUGGGAGAGAUGACGCACCUCUACCGGCAGAUCUUGAGGACAGCCAACCGGUUCGACGACAAAAACUUCAGGCUCUACUUCAUCAGAAGGGUCGGUCGGCGGUCAGCCACUUACUGACAGCACACACAGACACACACACAGAAUGGUUUUAAAAGUGUGUUGUGCUUGUGUGUGUGCAGGCCCACGAGGACUUUCGGUCAUUCUAUCAUUCGCAGGAGUCCAAGUCGCUGGGGGAGGAGGGGGAGGGGGAGGGGCGGCAGUCGUUUUUGCGCAGGAUGGAGGAGCACCUGGCGAUGCUGCAGCGACAGACCGCCAUCGGCCACAUGUACUGGCACGAGGGCAUCCAUGCCAAGAGAUAGCUAGAUAGUGAUGACCAUGACGGUGCUUGGUUGGUGCCAAGGGGUGUGUGCUGUGCGAUGGUGUGCUAAUAUAUUAUGCGUGCGUUUCUGUCGAUAUGGCUCUUGUAUCAAGAUCAUGAUGAGAGAGAGUUUUUGACACUUCUUUCCCUCUCACUGUGCGUCUGUGGACGGACCUCAAUGAGGUGACUCUCCCUUGAUGUGCUCAACUCGAGCACCAAAUUGAUGGAUGGAUGGAUGGGC